CAGUUUUGGCAGACGCGGCGGCCGAAGCCGGCGACGGUGGUCCUCAGGCUGUUCGGCAUGGACGUCGUCGCCGAUGAGGAACCAGAUGACAACGACAUCGGGUUCGAGCUCAGGAAGAGUUCGAGCAUGCAGAACCUCACCAUCCCCUCCGCCGACCCGCUCCUGCCACGCGGGGAGGCCGGCGAGGGCAAGGUGUAUGCCUCCAACGAUCUGGAGCUGGCCUCCAGGCAGCAGAGGAAGAAAGGGAUUCCGUGGACCGAGGAGGAGCACAGGAAGUUCCUGGACGGCCUGAGGCAGCUGGGCAAGGGGGACUGGAGGGGCAUGUCCAAGAGCUUCGUGACCACCAGGACGGCGACGCAGGUGGCCAGCCACGCCCAGAGGUACUCCCUCCGCCAGACCAACCCCGGCAAGAAGAAGCGCCGGGCCAGCCUCUUCGUCGUCGGCAUCGCCGACUUCAGCGACGAUCAGGUGAGCACCUUGAUGCCAUUCCACCGGUGAGCGCGGCGGCCGAGGCGGCGGUGUCCGAGGCCUGCUUCCGGAUCUGCUCCGCCCGGAGGCAGUCCCCGUUCACGGCCGCGGACCUGCCGCCGGAUUUUGGGCCCCCGUGGCGGAGUACAUGGCCCCCGUGGCGCGAGGAAGAGGACCGGUGGGAGAUGGAGUAUGACAGGCGCUCGGAUGGGCGCCGAUGGACGCUCGCAGAGCCAUCCCUUGGAUGACGGCCAGCUUCGUCUUCCUCAACUUCUACUCGGCCAUGGCCGUCUACCGGUCUAACGGCGACUGGGGUGAUUACGCCUUUGUGGUGCUCUCCUGCGGUGCAGCUACUCGUGUUGGGGAUCGCCGGAGGCUUCUACGCUUUCUUCAUAUACUGGAAACGGAAGAUGUGUACCUACCAAGUACCAACUGCCAUGCUCUUUUGCCUUGCUCUUUGUGUCUUACUAAUUAGUAAAACUGCUGUACUUGUGCAUUUUUCGAGCAGCUUGACAAGGGCUUAGUUUCUGCUAAUUGGUCAGAAAUGAAACCGUUGUGCUGCUCAA